GAGCCCCAACGUCUCCACAAGCAUUCAGAGCUCCAAGGCUUCCUUUCCUCGUGUCUGAAGUCUGAAUUGUGGUAGACACAAGGCUAUAGUAUCGAGCAAUUCAAAGGUUCCCCUAGACAGACCCGCUUGCUACUGCCACGCCGCGCGCGAUCUGCUCUCUAUCACCGACGGUUAGUUAGACCAACAUGGCGUCGACGGCACACAUCAGCUCGCCCAACGAGCCCUUCCCUUCGCCAGACCACCUCGACCAGGCGACGACAUCGCACCGGCAGGGCGCGUUCACAGUCUCAACGCGGAAACUGCCAAUCUCGAAGGCGGGGCCGAUUGAGCACCUCGAGAAGUCGCUGGGGAUCCCAGUACCCGAGAUGAUCUUUGGGGACAACCUCGUGGCCAUCACCCACGAGCCGAGCGCGUGGAGGAUCGAGUUCAACGCCCAUGAUGCGCUCGACCUCGUCGACAAGACGGACAAGAACAUGCUCCAGGUGGCGUACGCGCGCAGCUGGAGCGCGAGCAGGGAGCAGACGAGCGCGGGCAUCAAGGAGGUCGUCAAGCCGUACGACUGGAGCUACACGACUGCCUACCGGGGGACUGUCUCGCCUUCGACAACCCCGAGCACCACAACGGGCACCACUACGAAUAACGACAACGGCAACGCCGACGAUGGCCAGUCGUCCUCAACGACCAACCCCACAGAGCCGAGCUCCUUCUCCUUCUCCACGGCCAACGCCCCGCCGAUACCAAUCGAGCUCCUCAAGCGGCGCGACCCGAUCCUCUUCUUCGACGAGGUCGUCCUGUACGAGUCGGAGCUCGACGACAACGGCAUCAGCAUGUACUCUGUCAAGCUCCGCGUCCACGCCGCGCGCAUGCUGCUCCUCGCGCGCCUGUUCAUGCGGCUCGACAACGUCCUCGUCCGGGUCCGCGACACCCGCGUGUACGUCGACUUCGCCGACGAGGUGGUCAUCCGCGAGUACACGGAGCGCGAGGCGCCGUUCGCCGAUGCCAAAAGGGCCCUCCUCAUGACUGGUCUCAGACCAGAUGAUCUCACCGUCGCCCUCCGGGACGCGAACCAGAUCGCAGAGCUGAUCCCCAAGGUCCAUGAGGUCCGCGAGGCAGUGUGCUUGAAAGCAAAGCCUUGAGCCAUGGGCCCUAAUCAUCCCGUGCCGGGCCGCAAUAGAGCCUGUUUGGUCCUUGCGAUCCCAGUGAAGGACUCGGGCUAUUUGGACAUAACGAGAUCUCUAAUGUUCAGUUUCCCCUUUCCCUCCCUUUUCGUAGGUUUGGCAUUUACAGCGGAGGGGCUCGACAGAAAGAGAAGGGAAAGCAUAUCAUGUAGACACGGGAAGAGAGCGAGGAAGCAGCACAACCCGCUUCCUUCUAUUCAACGGGGGACGCUCUGCAUCCACACACAAAAGUAGAUACCUGCAUAGCGAUGGCGUUUUUUCUUCAUCAAAAGGGAUUUUCAAGCUCAGCUGCCCCUUUUCUCUUAUAUCGUCGUGAUUGACACUGCCAGCUUGGAAUUCAUGUCUUCAAACCCAGCAACUCAGCGAAAAUGAGGGAAGAAAAGGCGUCUCACCAUUGAACCAACACACAACCCAUGCGCAAUGUUG